UCUCGUCACCUCUUUCCCAGAAACGACCAACCCACAACAACAACAUCAUCUGGCUGGAGAAGUGGACGGUUACCGGGGCCUCACGCGCGUUUAAAACCACGGAGCUCUUUGUCAUCUUGUCUUUUGACGUCAAGAGACGAGAGACGAUGGCGGAGCAGAACACGGAGGCGAAGCUGAAGAACCUGCUGAAGCAGAAGAAGAUCCAGCUGUGGAACCCACCGUACACCGACGACGACAACCGGCCGGGGCAGCAGCACAUGGAGGAGCUGGCGGAGCACUUCGCCCCCCUGCUGGGUCUGUCGGUGUCGGAGGUGGGCGGCGCUCUGGAGUCUGUCAGAGUCCAGGCGGUGAACAGAGGGAAAGGAAACAAGACGUACAGAGAGACCAACGUGGCAACACUGGAGCUGCUGCUGCCCAGAGACAGCAGGAAGGAUCCAAAGUCGAAGAAGACCUACCUGGAGACAAGGCUGGACGUGUUGGUUCAGGAGGUGGUGGACAGGAUCGGAGACGACCACGGCCUCAAAUACAUCAAACUGAUCCUGAACGGGAAAACGUUGUUUGUAGACCAGCGUCUGGACGAGCAGGGCGUGAAGAACCACAGUAAGAUGAUGGUGCUCAAGGUGAGCGACGCCGAGCUGAAACGACAGAUGAGUGAGGAGGAGCAGAAGAAGAAGGAGCAGAACGAGAGUCUGCAGAGGACCCAGAAAGGCUUCCAGAUCCUGUCAGAGAGAGACGGCAGCGAGGACCCAGACACCACGCCUUUCCUGGAGAUCGCCGACCAGAAGGGAAACCCCCUGAAGAUCCCGCACAAGGAGAGGAAGGCUUUAAUCCUGGCCAUGGGUUUCCAUGAGAAAGGUCGCUCUCUGAUGAAGAGGAAGCAGUACGACAACGCUCUGUGUCACCUGCUGCAGGCCGACCAGCAGUUCAGUAAGUGCGACUCGGCUCUGCUCACCUCGGUGGAUAACUACGCCGUCCUGCAGCUGGACAUCGUGUGGUGUUACCGAGCCCUGGAGGCUCUGUCCUGUCUGGACGACGGGAAGAGCCGCCUGCGGAGAGCCGAGGACUGUUUCCUGCAGUGUUACGGAGAACAGCGCGAGAGGCUGCGCAUGAUCAAGGGUAACACAGGCAGAGAGGAGGUGUUGUUUCUGCGGCUGUAUCUCCUCCAGAGUCUCCUCUCCUACCUGGAGGGAAACGACGGUCAGGCUCAGCAGCAGCUGUCCAAGGUGGAGUCUCUGUUCAGCCGUCUGUGUCUGGACUCAGAGAAAAUGGCCCAGCUGAUGGCUCUGGGUUUCUCUGAGAGAGAAGCUCGGCUGGGACUCAGAGCCUGUCAGGGAGACCUGGAGGCAGCCGCCAACCACAUCAGCAGCCGCAGACAGGAGCAAGAGGAGCUGAAGCAGAGGGAGCGGCAGAAGAGGAGGAGGAGGAUGGAGGACAUCUCCUCCCUCACAGAGAUGGGAUUCUCCAGGAGAGACGCAGCCAGAGCUCUGCACCGCGCUGACGGAGACGUGGACAAAGCUUGCGAGAUCCUCCAGGACUCCAGUCGACCCGCUCAGCUGAACAACAACAACACAGAGGGGGCAGUGAGUCCAGAGAAGGUGGAGCAGUUGUUGUAUUUGGGUUUUGAGAGGGAGGCAUCUGAAGCCGCUCUCAGACUGACAGGUGGAGACAUCCAAACAGCAACUCUGCUGCUGCUGGACAACCAGGGCGUCCUCUCCCCGCCCUCCACCUCCACGUCCACCCCCUCCUCCUCCACCCCCUCCUCCACCUCCCCCUCCUCCGAGGAGCCCACAGCCUCCUCCGCCUCCACAGAGGACGAGGAGCUGGUGAGCGAGGUGCUGGACGACAUCUCCCACCACGAGGAGGAUUAUCUCGACCUGACGCUGGAGGAGGAGAGCGAGCUCAUCGACACCAUGAAGACCUACCUGAGCCGAGGCCCCACACACACCGUGUGACAGACACACACACACACACACACACACACACAGUGCUUCACCCUCUGUUAUCCAUGCACAGCAGUCAGCGCCUCCACCUCAGACUCAAUCAGGUCGUCUCCUCCCUCACAAACUGAUCAUUAGUUUUAUUUAGAGAUCAGCUGAGACAGUUUUAUUUUGAAGGAUCCAAACUGUUGUGUUGCACCUCAGCUGGCAACAUGUUUAAUUUGGAUUUAAUUUGAAAAGCUGUCAAAGUCCUGCAGGCUGCUGACGACUUCCUGUUUUAAUUUGUGAAAGCUUCGGUUUGAGAAGUGGCGCGUCACAUGACAAUGUUCACUUUAAAACUUGUUCUUCUCAGACUGAUCCGUCUGCUGUUCUUCAUUAUAUCCUUUAAACACAAAUGUUCUUUUCUGAAUUCAUCUUUAGCCACAUGAAGAUUUUCUUUAGAUGUUUUGGCCGAACCAAAGGAACCUGCUGAGCUGCUGCUGGAAACACGAACUCCAGGUUGUUGUUGUGACGACUGAUCGAUCGCGUGUUUUCCGUUUGCGACUCAGCAGCUGUUUGUGACAUUGAUUUAAUUUAAAUGAAUUUCAUGUUGAUGAUGAGUUCCAUGUGGAUCGUCUCAUGUUGAUGGAGCCAAUAAAGAAAAAGGUUUCGUUUGA